AUGGCACGCGCUACACGUUCAAAACCCAAGGCAAAGGAGCCAACACCAGAACCGCCAGUAUCGACCGUCAAAGCACUCCCCGCAAGCACAUCGAAUCCCCCGAAACUGUUCGUACUGCCCAAAGAUGCUUCCAACGAUGCGCGCAUAGUUACAUUGGAGAAUCCUGCGAAUGGCGCGCCUUCAAGAUAUUACUUUUGUCCGAACAAAGGGUUCUACGAGUUCACAAGGAUAGCCGCGCCGAAGAAGGAAUGCAGGAGUUGGCUGAUCACCGGAGAGCAAGAUGAGGAAGACAAGACAGAAGAGAAGGAAGGCAGAAUAGAGAGCGGCUACGUGAACAAGAGCGCAGACAUGUUUGUAGCGACACCCAUCGACCUGCUCUUCCUGAUCCUACCCGCACUCGCACCGAAGAGCGCAAAAGACACAAAGCAACACUUCCUCGCACUCGACGAGUACCUGGACAAACUAUCUUCAUCAUCACGGCAUUGGAAAGCACUACUAUCCCAGCAUACAUCACUCCACGCCAUGUUCGAGAAGCGCAUGCGCGCCCUCUGCGACACCGUCGAAGCCGGCGACGAAACAAUGUACCGCAUAUCCCACGACAAACUCCUCGCCCUCCUCCUCAAGAAAGCCGAGCGCAUGGUCGCCCACGGCCUGCCUCCCUCCAUGGAAGAAAAGCUCAUCAAGACCGCGCUCGAAGUGCCCAUCAUGAGCAUCAAGCGCGAGGAGAGCUCCUUAUCGGCCACAUCCACAGACAAGGAGUCCCAAUCAGAAUCGCAAGACUCGGUCGACACAGCGAUAACCACGCCCGACGCAGCCCCCAAGCCCGCACCAAUCGAGACCGAGCCUGAGAUACAAACUCAACCCACCCUCUCAACACCCCCAGAAAUCCCACACCUCCUUCGCCUACAUACAUCCCUCCUCUACCUCACCAACUCCUAUCUGCCCACCCAUUUCUACCCCCUCACAACCACACACCUCGCCUCUGCAACCUUCGCACCGCUAACAUCCCACCUCUCCGCCAUCGCAACGCUCAAAUCCGAAGCCGCCGCGCUCCGCAGCAUCUCGGAUAACGUGAGCCGCAAGCGCGCGAUGGACGACGACGAGGCGCUUGCGGGGCGCGAGGAAAAGAAGCGGAAGAAAGAAGAGGAGGAGAAGAGGAAGAAAGCGGAGGGCCGGGCGGUCAAGAUGUUGAAGAAGGUGGAUACGAGCGGGAUGAAGAAGAUGAGUAGUUUUUUCAAAAAGGUGGAGAAGAAGGCUUGA